AUGCUGGGCAUCAACAACUCCUCCAAGAGGGAGCUGCCGGACUUCGGAUCAGGUAAGUGCAACGCGGUGCUCACAAACGCGGGGCCGACGCUGCUGCUGCCCGCCAAGGGCGGCAUCGAGGCCCUGUGCUUUCUUUGGUCACUGCUCAAAGUAUCCGUCGGGUGUGGGAUAUGGGUAUGA